AUUCAGCGGACCGUUUGUGGGGGCGGAGCAGGAGCAGGGUCUGUGAACGCUGUCAUGGCGGCUGCGGUGCUGCGGGUGAAACGGAAACGCGGUGCUGAGCCAGCCGAGGCCUUCCUUCUCGCCUGCAAACGGUUGCGGGCUGCCGAUGAGGCCGGCGAGCCUGGCUCUGGGCAGCAUGUCGUGCGGACCCUGUUUAAGUUGGCCGCUACUGUCGGUACUCCGGAUGACCCCGUUCCAAGGCAUGUGAAAGAAGCACUAUCAAAAGACAAAGCUUUACUGGCCCUUAAACCUUCUGAGACCAGUGUUCGGCGUAUCCAGCUCUGUGCACGAGCAUCUUGCAAGACAACUAGUGAGAAGAAUCGGUACAAAGUUAUUGCUAGCCACAGAAGAACAUUUUCCACAGAGUUUUCUGAAUCUCAGUCAGAUGAUGUGAAGUGUGCGCACCAGCCUGAAACAGAAACUUCUGGAGAUCGGUGUGAAGAAAACCAAGAUAGCUGGAAGGAAACAUCCUUUAGAUGUAACAAAGACAAUGUUGAAUCUGCAGCAGAAAUCCAAGUGUUUGAUGUUGUCCAGCAUAAUGAACAUCUUGAAAAGGACGAACGAGACUCAGAGCAUAAACUCUUUAAGGAUCCUGACCUGGAGCAGGAUGACACUGAGAUAGUUCUGUGUAAUUCUGUAAAAAUGAUCCGAGAGAAGCUUGCAGUGUCUGAUUCUGGUCCAGGAACACAGCAUCGGGAGAAUAUGGAGGAGUACGUUUAUGACAUAUACUAUACUGACAGCUAUAUUACAGGAGAUGAAAUUCAGGGUAUUCUCUCGGUGAUGCCGUGUUAUGAAGAGAAUGAACUGGUUGUCGAUGAACUGAUUGCAGAUGAAGCAUAUGAGGAUGAGGAUGAUGAAAAUGAAGAAAAUAAUUGGCGGAACGAUUACCCAGAUGAGGAUUCAUCUGAAAGUUACUGGAAUAGUGAAGAAGAUUCAGAGGAGGAAGAUGAAAAUUAUAGGCAAUGUAUCAGAGAGAAUGACUCUGAUUAAUUUUCACAGCAGUGGCAUUAUAUUUAUCUCUAUCAUCUUAAUUUAUGAACGGUAAAAACCUACAUUCAGUUUAUUGAAAGUAUUACUGAUUCAUUGCAAAUGAAAAUGACACUCGUGUCAAUUAUAUAUGCUUAUGAAAGUUUCUAGGCUAAAAUGCAAAUAUGGUUAUUGUGAAUUGUAAUAAUUGAAGUAGAGAAGUUACAAGUCCAUGUUUGGAGGGUGUUUCUUCUUGCUGUCCUGUUGGAAGUUAAAGAAGCCUAAAGAAAUACCAUUUAUCUACCAACCUUAAGGUGAGAUAUUGACGCUCACGUGUUUGGAGUUCUCAACUGGGAUACAAUUCUGGAGGUGGUCCUGUGAGGAGUGCAUUGGUACUGUGUCCAUCUGCAGCUUGUGUAAGCAUGGACAUUGAAUCUGAAAAUGAACCCUUUAAUCUGAUUCAGUUUCCUUUUAUUUAGCCAAUACUCUCUUCAUGCUAAUAAAGCACCCCCAUAACAUGAGUUCUUGUAUAGUAACCUUCUUUGUGGCACCUUAUCAAAUGACUUCUGGAAAUUCAAAUUUACAAUAUCGUCUCAUACUCCUCUAUUCACCCUACUUUCUUUAUCCUUUAAAGAACACUAAUAAAUUUGUUAAAGCGUAAUUUCCUUUUCACAAAA